AUGGCUUCAUCUGGGAAUGAGAUAGAGAGAUGGACUCACAGGCAAGGUGGCAGAACUGGAGAGUUGAUAGAGCCCGAAAAGGAUCAUCAUCUUUCACCAGUGAAGUCAGUCAGCAGUGUGGACCAUCCCUUGCACCUCCCUGGAAGAGCAGACUCUGCUUACAGCUCUUUCUCAGGGGGAUCAAAUGUUCCAGAGUAUCUCACCCCAUCAUGCUGUGGGGAAUACUGCUGUUUGCCUCCAGAGCAGGUACCGUACAUGGACUCAGAAUAUGUACGAGGUAUUUAUAAUCUCAGUGCUGCACACUCUGACCUCAGAUCUCUGCAUCCAUACAAGACACCAGACCUCAGCACCCAUAACAACUCUCACAGCACCAGCCUCAGUGGAAGCACUCCUACCAGAGGGACGUUAAAUCAGGCCCUGCCACCUCUGGCAGUACCUCCCACACGACUUGAUAGCUAUAAUAUUACUAGACACCUUGAAAAUUCAAGAGGGAGACGUGGCUCUGGAGGUCACAGUGAGUGUAGCAUGCAGCCAGUUCCUGGCACGCAGGACAGGCAGCUGUCAGACAGGGAUGUACCAUGGAACCAACACUGGGCUGAAAUUACAGAGCCAGAUAUAGGGCCUGCUAAAGAAAAGAUUAUGGAAGACAAGGGCCUUUCUCCCGAUUCUACAAAUGAGGUAUCUAGAUCAAAACUUCCGUGCUUAAAGACAGAAGAAAGUGGAGAGUGGAGCCCAUCCCAGCAACCUACAAAGAGAAGUAGUUCACACGUUUUCAGCAGACCUUCUUCAUUCAUUUUUCAAGAGUAUUUAAAGACAGAUUCUGUGGCAAAUGUCCCCAAAAUGCUUUCUGCUUAUAAUUCAGUUCAUGCUAAUAAAACUCUCAAAGAGAUGAACUCCAGGUCCUACCACCCAGCACAUUGCAACCCCAAUGCUGUUAAUGAUGCACAAGAAGUCAGACAGUGUCCCUGCGGCGUGCGAAAGCCAAUUGCUAGAGAAACGUCUCUGCGAAGCACCAUGCCAGGACACAGCCAGAGAAAAGGGUCCUUGCCCUGUGCUCAGGGCCCACUCUGUGCUGAGUGGUAUUCAGACAUGGAUCAAGAAGUGUUUGAGGACAGUUGUGAUGUAAAAUAUAUGGGAAAUGCUUUUCUAAUUAAAAAUGCUUCUAGGAAGCUGAACAGCUGUACAGAUGAAUAUCAGUGCUAUGAUUCUGAAGGAAAAAUUGGAAGUGAUGUUAGGGAACCAGUCCUGAAUCAGCAAGCCAAAGUGCAGAGAUCAUCACUGUCCUGCAGCUGUGAUGCUGAAUGCUGUGGUAACAUGAACCAAAUCGCUUUUUUCAGACCAAAGGAAGAUUCCACAUCUCACUUAUUACAUGAAGUCCAGAAAGAAACACAGACUAGUAACAGCAGUCCUGACCUCAGCAUGGGUGUGGAACAAGAGGAAUCUCCUGUUCAGAAACAUCAACCUGAAUUUCAAACACAGAUUUCCAGGCAGCUUUGGGAGGACCAUACUGGUGAACAAAUAACUAGGCAGACAACUCCCAUGCUUUACUAUCUCUCUGGGGGGAAAUCCACCAAUACCUUGCACCCCAACAAGCUCACUCGCAGUCAAGAGGACUCAAGGAGCUCACCAAAGGAAAUUUCUUCAAGCAGCAACACUGCCUCAGCACGGUGCCUAGAGACACAAAGGGAAAGCCAUCAGCUUCAGAGGACCAGCCACCACCAUCAGUGUAGUGCUGAUGAGCUCCUGCUCCAGACUGAAGAUCUCAGUGCCAGGAGUCCUGCUUCAUUCACUGAUGAGAUUUUCAAGAAUGACUAUAGAGAGAAACUCAAAGUGGCUCAGAAGAAGGUUCUCAGAGAAACCUCCUUUAAAAGAAAGGACUUACAGAUGAGUUUGCCUGUCAGACUGAGACAGAAACCUUCCAAAAGACCAUCAAUUCAACACCUUCAGUCCUUCUCGUUAUCCAGCGCAAGGGAAGAUGCCAAACUUGUUCCUUGCUCCCCUUCUCAUCUAGAAUCUUUGGAAAGUUUCAAUAGAGAUGAAGAAAUAAGGAGGCCACAAACAGGUCGAGUAGGGGGAAGGAAAAGGGCAAACAAAGAGGAAAAGAAACUGUGCUAUUCUGAGCCUGAGAAGCUCGAUCAGCUAACAGAUAAGGAAGUAUCAUGGAGUCAAGUCAGGGAUGAAAUCACUGAGCCAGAUAUAGUGGCAGCCCAGAGAAGGGUUCUGGAAAACAGAGGGAGGGCACUUUCCAGUUCAAGUAUCUCCAGGACAGAGCUGAAACAAAUCCAGCACACUGCACUGAUGGAAUACAUGGAACGAAAGAUCAGUCAAAGACCAGGUGGUUCACAACACCUCCCACUGCAUAAGCCACCCCUGCAGAAGAGGCUGUCACAUCCCAAAGGGCUUCCCAGCAAGAUUUCCAACCCAAAUGAGAGUAGGACGAUGCAAAAGGAUGAGGUUUUCUGCCAAGCUCUCUGUAAAGAAAAAUUGCCAGAUGUUUUUCCACCUUCGCAUUUUGUUCCCCCACUGAGUGUGACUAGCAGGUGCAAUCCCAAUGAAGAGGAUGGGAGCUGCACCAGCAAGUGUCUAUCAGCUGAAACUCUCCCACAGGCAGCUGAUGCUGCAUCUGGGAGAGCUCGCGUGAGGUCAAAAUCCAUUCCUUCUUCCACACAGGACACGUGCAGAUGUGCCAGUGGUGCAGCAGCACCGUCCGGGCGUUGUGGGAGCUGCCUCGGCACCCCCAGUUUCCAUGAUCCUGAGAAAGAUGGACACGAGAAUCAUGAACAUGACAUCAUGGGACAUGCAUGUUGUCAGGAUAAUACGGAGCUGACUCCUGAGACCUCUAUUCCUAUCUCAAAAUGUGGAAGCAAGGAAGGUGCUCGAGUGGAGGAGGAAUGCAGAACUCAGUCUCUGAGGGGCACUGCUGUACUAAAGUGUCCAGAGCAGCAUCCUGCAGCUUCUCCAGAGCAGAGAACACACCACCACACAGCAUUGGCUCAACCUCACCAAGGAGACAAAAAUCCAGCCAAAGGUUUAACUGCACAGGAAACUUCCAUGCCCAGUAGCCAAGAUGAUGUUCCCCUGGAGAGAGAGACACACCUGACCAAAAGGAGGCUGCAGUAUGCUCAAGACCAGCGAUACCAAGAACUUGCUAUGGAGAUCAUUGCCAAAGACAGUUCUCUGGUGGACAUUCUCAUGCCUCAUCCUCUUAGAAAAACUGCUUUGGACCUGAUGGAGAGUUUGUUUCCUGUUAGUAUUUCCAUGCUGGAAAAAUCACACAGGAAAAAGGGAGACAUACAGCACGUGCAGGAGAAUGACAGGAAAAGCCAUGGAGGAGCACCAGAAGAAUGUCCUGACCCUGAACAUGAAGCCAAGCAACCGAGUGAAGAUCCUACUUCUAAGGGAAACCAAGACCUGAACAGGAGCAGAGAGAGCAAAAAUGACCUAGAUGACAUCACAUCUAAGAAACUGGAACUCAUCGCCAGCCUCCGGUCCAAGCUGCAGACACUGGGGGAGGAACGGGAGCUUGUCCUCUCAGAAGCCAAGGAAUGUGCCAAGAAGGGUGAGGAGCUGCAGGCCAUAGUGCAUGAUGUCUGCAAACCCAAUGAGUUUGAGCGUUACAUGAUGUUCAUUGGGGACCUGGAGAAGGUUGUGAGCCUCUUGCUGUGCUUGUCCAGCCGCCUCGAACGAGUCCAGAAUGCCAUGAGGAGGAUUGAUGGCAACACAGAUGCUGAGGAGAAGCAAUCGCUGAACGAACGGCACAAGCUCUUGUCUCGACAGAGGGAAGAUGCAAAGGACCUGAAGGAGAAUCUAGAUCGCAGGGAACGUGUGGUCUCUGGAAUCCUUGCCAAAUACCUGACGGAGCAGCAGCUCCAGGACUAUCGGCACUUUGUUCAAGCCAAGACCUCCUUGCUGAUUGAACAGAAGGACCUAGAAGAGCAGAUUAAGUUUUUUGAAGAACAGUUAGAAAUUCUCGAGCAGAGCAUCCCCCUCUAA